AUGCGGCUCUUACUCUUGUCUUUGUGGGCUACCUGGGCUACCAGCUCUGUGGCUUCGCCAGUACAGUCAGAUAUAUAUCACAAGCCGACAUCCAAAGGCUUUCGUAUGCAGCAUGGGUUUGAAACUGUGCUGGUACAGCCCUUUGGAUACGAUGGCUUCCGAGUGCGAGCAUGGCCUUUCCGAGAGCCAACAGGCAAAGAGGUUGGGUUUGUUUAUGACCCACCCCUGGACGGACCCGAAGAGGGAAAUGCACAUGGCAUGACUUUCGACACGGCUUUCAACGGGAAUCGAUCCGAAGAAUUGCGCAAUGGCAACAUGAUCGCUCGUACAUCUGGAUGGGGUGGGAAUCCCGGGGGAUAUCGACUUGCCUUUUACAGAGUCGAGACCAAUGGCUCAGAGACUCUCCUCACCAACGAGUAUGCACCACUCAAGUCGCUGAAUCCAAGGUACUACUCUUGGACUGGCCCAGGAAGCGAAUUCGCUGCCGAAUUCUCUUUCAGCACUACCCCAGACGAGCAGAUAUAUGGCACUGGAACCCAGCAGGAUCAUCUGGUCAACAAGAAGGGCCUCACAAUUGAUCUGAUCAAUUACAACACUCAUAUCCCGACCCCUGUUUUCAUGAGCAAUAAAGGCUACGGAUUUAUCUGGAACAUGGCUUCAACCGGUCGCAUGGAAUUCGGUCCACUGCGAAAUAGAUUCACUGCGGAUGCAGCAUCUGUAGUUGACUAUGUCAUCGUCGCGUCGGACCCCAGUGACUACGACAAGCUUCAGCAACGAUUAUCUGCUCUAGUUGGUCGGGCACCCACCCCGCCCGACUGGUCUCUAGGUUAUCUGCAAUCCAAACUCCGAUACGAGAAUCAGAGCGAAGUUAUACAGCUGGCACAGCAGUUCCAUGACAAAAAGAUCCCAGUGUCCAUGAUUGUCAUUGAUUAUCAAUCCUGGGCUCACCAGGGCGACUGGGGACUUGAUCCGAACUUAUGGCCUGAUGUAGCAGAGAUGGCCAAGAAAGUGAAAGACCUGACCAAUGCCGAAAUGAUGGCUUCUCUUUGGCCCAGCGUGGCAGAUGACAGCGUCAACUAUCUGGAAAUGAUGGCCCAAGGAUUCUUGUCUGCCACUAGAUCUGGACCAGGCACGACUGACUCCUGGAACGGGUCCUACAUUCGAAACUACGAUGCCACCAACCCUGGAGCACGUCGCUUCUUAUGGAACACAUUGAAGAAGAACUAUUUUGACAAAGGCAUCAAGAAUUUCUGGAUCGAUCAAGCAGAUGGUGGUUCACUCGGCGAGGCCUACGAAAACAACGGCCAGAGCACCUAUAUUCAGUCCCUUCCCUUCCCCAUGCCUGAUGCAUUGUACGCGGCCGGCACACAGCGCAGUGUGGGGAAGCUCUACCCGUGGGCCCACCAGCAAGCGAUCGAGGAAGGAUUCCGAAAUGCCACCACCACAGAGGUAGGGACGCCCUGCGACUACCUAUCGCUAAGCCGCUCUGGUUACAUCGGCUCCCAGCGAUUCUGCAGCAUGAUAUGGUCGGGCGACACUACAGCAGUGUGGGAGACCCUCAGUGCGCAGAUCGCCAGUGGAUUGUCCGCCGCCGCGACCGGCUGGGGCUGGUGGACCCUCGACGCAGGCGGCUUCCAAGCGGACCCGACAGUUCCAUGGAGUGCCAACAUCGACACACCGGAGUAUCGCGAGCUAUAUGUCCGUUGGUUCCAGUGGACGACGUUUGUACCGUUUAUGCGCACCCAUGGGUCUCGCGAGUGCGAUUUCCAGAAUGCCUACACUUGCGCGAAUGAACCUUGGUCUUAUGGAUCAGAGAAUACCCCGAUUCUGGUCUCUUAUAUUCAUCUCCGAUACCAGCUCUCUGCUUAUUUACGUGCGGUAUUUGCGCAGCUGCAUAAGAGUGGUCGGAUGAUCAUGCGCCCAUUGUAUAUGGACUUUGAAAAAUCUGAUCCUCAUGUUGCUGCUUGGACUAGAUUGAACACCAACUCCACUACCCAGCAAUACAUGUUCGGUCCACGACUUCUGGUGAGCCCGGUUACAACACCAAAUGUGACGGAAUGGUCUGUCUACCUGCCCCAGACAGGGGGAGGAGACUCUAAGCCCUGGACCUACUGGUGGUCGAACGAGACUUACUCCGGUGGUCAGACGGUGACUGUCCCAGCGCCGAAAGAGCACAUCCCAUUGUUCCAUCUUGGGACCCGGGCGGACAUUCUCGAUGGGCACGUUUUUGCAUGA